GCGCACCCUCCGCCUUUUCGCCCUUUCUUUUCUCCCACCAUCUCCUCCUCCUCAUCCUAGUCCUCUCUUCCUCUUGCUUCAACCUUCAACAACUAUCUUCCUUAGCCUAGCAUGCCUCCUCAGCGCGGUGGUGACCGCGGGUCCGCCCGCGGCUCUGGAAAUCCUCCCUACACAAGGGGUGGUGGUCUCCCUCGCGGCUCCGGUCCUCCUCCCCGUGGUGGAGGACGCGGUGCCUCCCCCGCCGGUGGUGCACAGGGCGGCGCCCAAGCUGGUCGUGGUCCUGUUGGAGGCGCUGCACAUGUCACGACUAUUGCUGUUCGUCGUCCUGGGUACGGAACGGCGGGGAAACAGCUCCCCGUCAUCGUCAAUGCUUUCCCCCUCACGUGUCCUCCCAUGACUAUAUUUCACUAUGACGUCGUUAUCAAUAAGGGCGAUGAACAGAAACUGCCUCUUAGGCUGAACCUGGAGCUGAUCGAUCGGAUGCAAAGCAAGACGUACAGGGAGAUCUUUGCUCGCUGUGCAGCGUCCUACGAUGGCCGCAAGAAUCUGUACACCGCUCAGCCGAUUCCGCUCCCCGAGGACAGGAAGUUUUUGGUGCCUAGGGAUGACGAACCUCCCGCACCUGGCGGUCCUCCACCGAAGAUGUACACGAUUAUCCUCACGGAAGUCGCCCAGAUCUCUCCACAAACUCUGGAGCGGUUCGCCGCUGGUCUGAUGUCGCACGACGAGAACGUGACCACUGCGCUCACCGCUAUGAACGUGGCUCUCCGUAUGCUGCCCAACCUGAGAUACCCAUUCAAUAUCCGCUCUUUCUAUACCGAUAAGGAAUUCAAGAACGUCGGCGCUGGUCUGGAAGUCUGGCGUGGUUACUUCCAGUCCGCUCGAUGGGGCGUUGGCCGCCUCUUCGUCAAUGUCGAUAUAUCCACCGGUCAGAUGUAUCAGCGGGGUCCCCUGCUGAACAUCCUCAUCGACAUGAUGCAAGACACCGUUGGACAAAACCGUCGUAUCACCCCAGAGACCCUGUGCCAAACGAACAACGACCGUGACCGUAUGCUCGCGCAUAAGCAGAUUGGCGGUACAGCCGGUGUGAAGGUCGUCAAUCGGCUCUGGAGGGGACCUGGGAAGCCCCAGCCUAAGCUUAUCUUGAAGGUGCUCCCGGAGACUGCGCGGACCGCGAGGUUCACGCUCAGAGAAGGGGGCGAGAUGACUGUGGAGCAAUAUAUCAAGCAGACCUAUAACUACAACUUGCGCUUCCCGCAUAUGUGGCUCGUUCAGGUCGGAAAGAACUCCAAACUCCCGAUUGAGAUAUGCGACGUCAUCCCUGGUCAGCUCUGGAAGCGUCAGACGCCUCCCAACCAGAUCCGCGAGAUCCUCGCGUUUGCCACUCAGAAGCCGCCGGACCGGUUGCGCUCUAUCCAGAACUCGAUGAACAUUCUCGAGUAUGGGCAAAGCCAGUAUCUUGAGGCUUUUAAUAUGAAGGUCACCGAGCAGCCCAUCAAGCUCAACGCCCGGAUCCUUGAUGCUCCCAGGUUGAUGUAUGGUAACAAUGCCACCAUUGCACCACGCGACGGUGCGUGGAACAUGAAAGGAAAGAAGUUUAUCCGUCCCUCGACUGUGAACGACAACUGGUGGUUCUGGAACCUGGACCAGCGCGCCCGGAUCGACAACAUCGUUGAGGGCUUGAUCGAAGGUGCGAAGGAAACGGGAGUCGGUCAAUGGGAUAACAACCCUUUGGUCAAGCUGGAAAAUGUCCAUAAUCGCCCGCAGGGGAUGGCGAUCGUGCAGAAACUUGACCAGUUGUUUACCGCGUGCGUGAAGGAGAACCAGGGAAAUAAACCUAUGAUCCUUGUCGUCCUCCUCCCGUAUGCGAUGAACAACGAGCUGUACCAGACUAUCAAAUAUUUGGGUGAUAUCCGCUGGAGCGUGCCUACCCAGUGUAUGCAAGCUAACAAAGCGAUCAAGGGCAACGCGCAGUAUUUCGCCAACAUCAUGCUCAAAGUGAACGUCAAGCUUGGAGGGGUGAACGUCAUUCCUGAUCGGCGCAACGUCCCCUUCCUGAUGGAUCCUGCGAAUCCUUCUCUGGUCCUUGGUGCGGAUUGUAUCCAUCCGUCUCCUGGAUCGGAGAUGCGCCCCACAUUCGCAGCUGUCGUCUCUUCUGUCGACACGAACGUGUCCAAGUAUUACGCUCAGAUGCGUCCCCAGGAAUCGAGGGUGGAGAUCAUCGCCGACCUAGCAGACUACACCAAGAUCGCGAUCGACUGUUUCAGAGCGUAUCGCACGAAUGUGGAGAAGGUCGGUAACCCUCCCGCGAGGUUGAUCUACUUCCGUGAUGGUGUCUCGGAGGGGCAGUUCCAGCAGGUGCUGGACCAUGAGGUGACCGCUCUCAAGGAGGGUUGCCGUCGUCAUAAUAUCGCUCCGAAGAUCACAGCCAUCAUCGUUGGCAAGCGCCAUCACAUACGCAUGUUCCCCGAGCGUGUCCAGGAUAGCGAUCGUAGUGGGAACUGCCCGGCGGGGACGAUCAUCGAUGAUGAGGUUGUCCAUCCGACCGAGUUUGACUUCUUCUUGCAGUCUCAUGGUGGUCUUCUGGGGACGUCUAAGCCUACUCAUUAUACUGUUCUUCUUGAUGAGUCGAACAUGAAAGCGGACGAACUUCAGCACCUGUGCUAUUCUCUCUGCCAUGUCUACCAGCGUUCCACUCGUUCAGUCUCCAUCCCCGCCCCUACCUACUACGCCGACAUCGUCUGUUCCCGCUUCAAGAACCAUUUCGAGCCUGGCAUGCUCACCGACCUGGAGCACACCAGUGGGCAAGGGUCGAUCUUCAGCGGCAGUACGGGUGCGAAGCCUAAGGGCGUUACGGGUGAGUUGCUCGGCACGUGGAAGCAGCAUUUUAGUAUGCCGCGGGAUUCUCAGGGCCGGGCUAUGUACUUCAUGUGAUCCUCUGUCGAGCUACGUAAGGCCGAUAAGCACCAGCGAUACCAUCUCCACCGAUCCGCGACCAUACACUGUGACUGUCUCAUACCGCUGGUCAUGCUAUCGACUCACUUUCAAUGCUGUUUCUUCUGUCAUGACUAACAUUUGCAAUUGGCACGCGAUAUAUCUGACCAUCCUAGUUAUACUGUUGUUAUCGACUAGCUCCGUCAGAUAUUGUGUAUUA